AUGACAAGUGAGCGGCGUGCUGAAGCCAAAAACAUGGAUCUUGAUGGUGAGAAUGACUCAACAGAUCCACUUGUUGAGGAUCUUGAAGUUGCAAUGGAUGAGUUGGAACUGCUUCAAGACAAGCUGGAAGAGUAUCAACAGCACUUCUUGUUCGCCGACUACUCUGCUCACAUGCGAUCUCUGGACAAGAACUGGGUUUGGGGUGAGAAGGAUGCUGAGACAGAGGCAAAUUUACACCAGACUCCAGUCCAAUCAGAAUCAGGGCAAGCUGCUGCGGUCUUGGAGGGAACAAGUGCAGCAAGCUGUCCUCCAGAAACUCAAUUGGAUGAUGCAGCUGAGGAGACACAAAUAGCAAGUCCUCCUCGCAACCAAGAAACUCAGGCAACAGAACAAGCCUCUGAAGUGAAUGCAGCUGAGGAGACAAAGACAGCAAGCCCUCCUCAAAAAAUGUCCGACGCCGAUGCUGAUGCUGAUCCAGAAGCCUCUGAGUUGGAGCGGAUGCAUCAUCGAUCUGCAAGCAUCGCAGAGCUGGAUGCAAGGAUGCCGAAGAAUGGUCAAGUGGAUGUGAUCAUGGAAGCGGCUAUGACUGCUGUGGCUGCUGGAUCAGUUCAUGCAGCCUUAUCUGAUUCACAGGUUGAGGAGCAGCUCGCUAAUGCCGACAUUGCUGGUGAUGUUGAUGGAUGGCGAAGCUCUUUGCCAUCGGAGAAAAGCAAGGCUGAGAUUGAGCGAAUUGUUCACUCUGUUGUGGACCACAAACACUUUAAGGCCUUCAUGGCUGCGAAGGUGGCGGCCAAAGAAUUUGAGACAGGCUACUCCUUUGGGUCCAAGGAUGCUACUAGAGAUCUUGACGAGUGGUUUGACUAUCUCAGUGCUCACCCUGACAAUGUUGUUACCCCUGACUGUGUGGACAAGGACAAUGAUGACAACUCUGCUAACAAUACAGCCACAGCCACCGGGGACUUUGCUACUUCAGGUCGCACAGAAGAGAUUGAGAUUGACCUAGAUCAAUGGUACAAGAUUGAGCUCGAGUCAGCAGGGCAAUCGCGGAAGUUGAAAUUUUGUGAGAAAGCUGCACUUGACACUUGGUUUGAGAUGGCUGUGGAUGCCGCUUUCGGUGCAUUGGCUUGGAAGUAUGGCAUUGAGUUACAGGAUGAAUUCCUUUUGCCCGAUGAUUCAGCCCCAGUUCAGAAGGAGCUUGAACGCUUGCAGCAAAAAGCACAGGUUCCACAAGUGGUUCCCUCAAAGCAGAAGUGGCCUACUUUGCAUCAACAGAUUGCUGCAGAGCGCGGUUUGAGCUACCCGGUGGAAGUAUCAGAGCGCUUGGCAGAAUCACCUUGGGUGGGGACCAUGCCGCAAAGAGCUAGGGAAGUCUUGGCUUUUGCAGAGCACGAUUCAUUGAAGCGUCCGGAAAAGGAGUUGAGGUUCGCAGAUAUCUACCACUCUGCAAACCGCUAUGCUGUGUCUUCUGGGAGGGAGUUGCUGCGGAUUCAAGCGGUGGAACCAGAUGAUGAAGAGCACUUGGACAAGUUCACAGAACAGCAACUGACUGACCUUGCAGGCAAUGAAGCAACUGAGUCUGAGUGGGGAGAGCAAGACGACAUUGACAAAAUGAUGGCAGAUUUGGCCAGCUUCGGUGCAAAAUGCGCCACCAAGCAGGGAGACCAAUAG